CCAAGCCGCAAUGAAGAGCUUCUUACAGUGAAUGGAAAGUAGGUCGCGCCCACUGAAAAUGCCUUUAAGGGACAAAUACUGUCAGACUGACCACCAUCAUCACGGAUGCUGUGAACCAGUUUAUAUCCUGGAACCCGGAGAUGCUCCUUUGUUACAGCAACCACUACAGACAUCCAAAUCUGGUAUUCAACAAAUAAUUGAGUGCUUUCGAUCAGGAACUAAACAACUUAAGCACAUUUUAUUGAAAGAUGUGGACACUAUUUUUGAAUGUAAAUUAUGCCGCAGUCUCUUUAGAGGAUUGCCAAAUCUAAUUACUCAUAAAAAAUUCUACUGCCCACCAAGUCUCCAGAUGGAUGACAACCUUCCUGAUGUAAACGACAAACAAAGCCAAGCCAUAAGCGAUCUCCUAGAAGCCAUAUAUCCAAGUGUGGACAAGCGAGAAUACAUUAUUAAGCUAGAACCCAUAGAAACUAAUCAAAAUGCAGUGUUUCAAUAUAUUUCAAGGACUGAUAAUCCUACUGAAGUCACAGAGUCAAGCAGUACUCCUGAACAAACCGAAGUUCAAAUGCAGGAAACUAGCACUGAACAGUCUAAAACAGUACCAGUUACAGAUACAGAGGUGGAAACUGUAGAGCCCCCUCCUGUUGAGAUUAUUGCAGAUGAAGUUGCACCUACAUCUGACGAACAACCUCAGGAAUCGCAGGCUGACUUGGAAACUUCUGACAACUCUGAUUUUGGUCACCAGUUGAUAUGUUGUCUUUGUAGAAAAGAAUUCAAUUCCAGACGAGGUGUUCGUCGUCAUAUUCGAAAAGUACAUAAGAAAAAGAUGGAAGAACUAAAAAAGUACAUUGAAACACGAAAGAAUCCAAACCAAUCCUCUAAAGGACGCAGUAAGAAUGUUCUAGUUCCAUUAAGUAGAAGUUGCCCAGUAUGUUGUAAAUCAUUUGCUACAAAAGCGAAUGUAAGGAGGCAUUUUGAUGAAGUUCAUAGAGGACUGAGGAGGGAUUCAAUUACUCCUGAUAUAGCAACAAAGCCUGGGCAACCUUUGUUCCUGGAUUCUGUUUCUCCUAAAAAAUCUUUUAAGACUCGAAAACAAAAGUCGUCUUCAAAGGCUGAAUACAAUUUAACUGCAUGCAAAUGCCUCCUUUGCAAGAGGAAAUAUAGUUCACAAAUAAUGCUUAAAAGACAUAUGCAAAUUGUCCACAAGAUAACUCUUUCUGGAACAAACUCUAAAAGAGAGAAAGGCCCUAAUAAUACUGCCAACAGUUCAGAAAUAAAAGUUAAAGUUGAACCAGCAGAUUCUGUAGAAUCUUCACCCCCUUCCAUUACCCAUUCUCCACAGAAUGAAUUAAAGGGAACAAAUCAUUCAAAUGAAAAAAAGAACACACCGGCAGCACAGAAAAAUAAAGUUAAACAAGACUCUGAAAGCCCUAAAUCAACUAGUCCGUCUGCUGCAGGUGGCCAGCAAAAAACCAGGAAACCAAAACUUUCAGCUGGCUUUGACUUUAAGCAACUUUACUGUAAACUUUGUAAACGUCAGUUUACUUCCAAACAGAACUUGACUAAACACAUUGAGUUGCACACAGAUGGGAAUAACAUUUAUGUUAAAUUCUACAAGUGUCCUCUUUGCACUUACGAAACUCGUCGGAAGCGGGAUGUGAUACGGCAUAUAACUGUGGUUCAUAAAAAGUCAUCCCGCUAUCUUGGGAAAAUAACAGCCAGUUUGGAGAUCAGAGCUAUAAAAAAACCCAUUGAUUUUGUUCUAAAUAAAGUGGCAAAAAGAGGCCCUUCGAGGGAUGAAACAAAACAUAGCGAUUCAAAACAUGAUGGCACUUCUAACUCUCCUAGUAAAAAGUAUGAAGUUGCUGACGUUGGUAUUGAAGUAAAAGUCACAAAAAACUUUUCUCUUCACAGAUGCAAUAAAUGUGGAAAGGCAUUUGCUAAAAAGACUUAUCUUGAACAUCAUAAGAAAACUCAUAAGGCAAAUGCUUCCAAUUCACCUGAAGGAAACAAAACCAAAGGCCGAAGUACAAGAUCUAAGGCUCUUGUCUGAUAACUUCAAGUGAUGUACGAAAAGGUUUGGAGUUCAUUUUUGUGGAAAGACUUUAAAUUGGUGUUAGAACCACUAAACGUCUUCAAAUGGUACUAUGAGGAAAAAAAAAAGAAAAACAUUUUCAUAAAUAUUCGACUGUAACUGCUGUUUUCUGACUAAAAUAAUAACCAUCUAACAACCACUCGUUUCAAAGGCACUGCCUUUUCCAGCACUUUGAUGUAGCUGUGACAUUACAUAAUGUCAUCACAGUCCAUCAGCUAACCACCCUUGACCUUGUGCAUUUGGUCUACAGAUUCUACAAAAAAAGUUGCAAAUUUUCUUUUCCAAAUAACUUGUUGAUUAAAGCGAUCAACAACCUGAAGAAAAUAUCACCACUGGUGAUUUUUAAUUGACAAAGACUUUGUAUCUUAGUGAUUUUGGUUUAGUUCCACUUUAUUUGGAAAAAUUUUCAUCUGAAUUGUACAGAAAGAUGAUUUCCUAGUGAGUGUGCGUUAGGACUAAAAGACAGAUUAGUGUCAAUGCAUUAUACAUAUUUAGCCUACUAAAUAAUUGUAAUUCUUUUUACAUCCAUUUAUUUCUAACUUGUUCUCCAGCACUUAUUUUUGUUUGAAAGUUUUAUUCUAAAAUAUAUACUAUAGGAAAGUUCCAGUUCAUUUUCAUCCAUGGAUCAUUACAGUUUUCAUUUGUAAACAUAUGAGGUCUUUAUGAAAAUUAAACAUUCCCCUCUUUUUCUUUAAAUUUUAUACAAAGCACUUUAAUGAUAGAUGCAACUUAAUUUUUCAGUUUCUAUUUUUUUUAAAGACCACACAUUUACUAAUGUUAAUAUGAAGGUAGUAAAUAGCUUACUGAUAUUUUAUGGAUACAGACAAUCCAUGCACAACCACUUGUUAUGAUACUAGUUUAUUUCUUUAGAUAUUGCUAAAAAAGGAAGAUGGGGGUGUAAAUCCUGAUUUCUUUUCUCCCAAGUAAAAUCUUAAAUGACCACUUUAGAUAAUAUUUGAUUCCUACUAUAAAAUUUGGAAAAUAAUGAAUUCUCAUCCAUUUUUUAUAAUCAAGAUUUUAGGAAAAACAGAAGUACAUCUAUAUGAAAUUUUGGACAGGUUUUUGUGUAUCAAUAUUUUGUACUUUUUAGGGAAUAUUUUAUUUUUUAGUAAUUUUUGUCAAAUUAUAAUUAUAAAGGUACAGCAGAGAAUAUACCAUGUUUUUACAUAGGUUCAUACCUGUACUUAGGAGGGACCCUGUCCAUCUAUAUACUUUUUGUACAAAAUUUUAAAAUGUUGAAGAUCCAUAAGGUCAUAAUAAAAUGCUCUUAUAGCUAGAAAAACAUUUACCUUCCCAGUGCUUUGCACUAAAAUAUACUGUGAAAGGAAACUAGAAAGACUGUAAUUGUUGCUGGAAAUGUUCUAUAUUGAAUGUACAUGCUCUUGUUGGAAAAAUGUACUAUAUGUGAUGGAAAUAAACCAGACUGAGUUAUUUCAGCUAAAUGUGCUGAACAAAGGUGCAUUGGUUGAAACUUAAAUGUUUUAUUAUCAAAUUUAAAUUUAUUCAGUGACUGAGCAGCUACACUUGAAUUAUAUCCUGAUAGUUUUAUUUUUAAGAAUUAGAGUGAUAAUUUCUCUUUAAUUUAAAAACAGAUUUACUUUUCCACAGAUGGAAAACUUGUACUUACAGUUCUAACUUUAAUGAUUAUAAUAGUGUAAUAUAUUUAGGGAACUAAAUGUGUAGGUGGUAUUUCAUUUAUAAACCAUCUUCAUUAGUUGCACAUUAUUAAACCUGUAUGUUUGACUUUUG